AUGGAAUGCAGCGUGGUCCGGGAAGUGUUCCGGGAAGCAACCGACUUCUUGAUGCAUUCGUCUUUCGGCGCUGCGAACAGCGCCGCGCCGACGACGCAAAGCGAGGCAGGGUCGCGGAAUGGCUUCACACCAGCAGUGGCGAUGAGAUUGCAGGCCCUGCUGCUGGAAAUCUUUCUGCUGCUUUUUGCUGCAGUUGCCCAGCCGCGUGGGUCGGAUGAGGAGCAGCCACAGGUGCGUUCUGCGCCGUACCUUUCACUGGCUGAAGGUCUCAGCAGACCGGCUGUAGGCACCCCGGCCUCCAAGAAUGGGAAGCCAAAGGGUGCUGAGGCAGAGGCCAGACAACCCGAGCCAAAGUUGCUGGGGGCAGGAGACGCCUUGUUGCCUUUCGUGGCGGCCUUCCAGGAGGUGCUGCAGGAAAAGGAAGACGAGGGUGAAGGCCAGCCGGAAGACUCGGGGGAUCUUCGAGCUCAGGCGUUCAUCGCUACGCUGCUCAACUCUAUCUGGCUGGAACCGUUUGCGGGGCUGCUGCCGAGCCCUCCCAAGGAGGUGCUGCACCUCGUGCAGUCGGGCCCGUCGCGGGGAGACGACGCCGACGGAAGCCUUGGCAAGAAAGCCGAGGUGUCCCGAAUGUACCUCGCCAGCUCCGAGCUGAUGCCGGGUCUUCCGUCUGGCUAUGUGGGAGACGAGGGAGCGGGUUCUUCUGAGGGCGCCGCCGCCGGGAAGUCGCUGGCCCGGAGGUCCCUCAUCGUUCUUUUGCUGCUCUUGUUUUACAACACGAAGGAUCAUCCGGAUCUGGCCAAAGCAUUUGCCUCUUUAGCCGAUGUGCGGCAGAGCUCCGCAGACGACUGUGCGUACUCCGUCCUGGCGGCACCAAUACAUUUUCCGCGCCUCCUGCGGGCGAUACUGCAAAAGCUGCAGGAGCCCGGGUAUCCCCUCCUACUCUACGCCAUGGUCGUGCGGGUGCCGAAGUUCCGCAAGUACUGCUCCAGCAAUCCAGAGAAGGUCUUGCCGACAGUGUUGGAGGCGCUCAAUGCUCUGCCCUCCUCCACUGAAAACAAGGCGACCAUGGUGGCUACCCCACCAGCUGCCACAGCCCUGCUCAUCGUUCUUCUCUGCCUCACAGGGGACAGGGGCUUCUGUGAGCAAGCUUCUGUGGUGCACCUCGAGGAUGCGCGCAGCGUCCUUGGAGCCUCCCAGAGGUCCAUCCGCGACAUUUCGCUCUCCUCACUUCUCGUGGUGGUGCUGCUCCGUGUCGCACACUGGAACUUCGGUGCCGGUCGAGAUUCGUUCUUCAACCGUGCAAUUGCAGGCACGCUUGGGAAUCUCGCCGGGCACGGCGUCGAGCAUGCCGCUUGCCACGGCCCCUUCAUUACCAGCACCCCUGGGUCCGGAUGGGCUUAG